AUGCUUCAAACUUCUCCCUCCGGCAAUUCAACAACAUUGCGUAAUCAAACCAAUAAUAUUAAUCAGUCCGAUGAAGUUAAUUCAUUGAAAAAUGAUCUUCAUCUAAUUGGACAAAAUGUAUUCAAACUUAAUAAUAAUUUAAGUAAAAUAUUGGCUAAAAACGAACAAAGAAAAUCGAAUGAAAAGAAAGAGAAACAAAAAAAUUUAUUGCAUAUCAAACAAAAUAUUGGAAAUAAUCUUCGAUUUUUAAAUGAAAAAUUCAAUUCAUUGCUAUCAACCAAUAUAGAUAAUCAGUUAGCUCCAGUGCUCAAUGAUGUAAUUCGAAAUCCAGAACUUGCAAAAAAUGCUCAACUUUUAAAUGAUAAAUUAAAUUUAGUUAUCAAAUUAAACAAGUGCUCAAAUGAUUUUAUUCUAGAUGUUGGUUCUGAUCAUAAUCAUUUAGAAAUCAAAUUAAAAUCAAUAGAAGCACUAAACAAAGAAAAAAUUGAUAAAUUGAAAACUAUUUUCUAUAAACGUUAUAAAGCAAAACUUAAAGAAUUUUUUGCAAAAUUAAAAUUAAAAUACCAAAAUCAUUUAGAAAAUUAUCAACAACGAAAUAAUUUUCAAUUCAAAUUAAGAGAAUAUUCAAAACAUUGCGCGAAAUCAAAUAAACCAAAACAAGAAUUAAGAGUUUUAUAUCGUGAAAAGCUACAAGAUAAUUUAAAAUUUAAAUAUUAUUUUAAAAUACUUUUAUUGAAAUAUAAGAAAGAUGUAUUUAAAUUAGUUUUAAAUGUAUCUAAACGUUAUAUUCCAAGAUUAAAUUUAUUUAAUGAUUGCUUAUCACAUGAUAGACAAGACAAUCUAUACAUGGAUAAAGAUCAAUUAGAACUAAUCUAUCAAUUUGUUGUAAGUACAGCUUGA